AUAUCGCAAUCGAAAUAUCAAAAUCGCAUACACCGCGUUUUUACGUUUCUUCGAUUUAUAUAACAAGAGCAAAUAGGUGCAAAAAAAGCUACUACACUUAUGCACAACGCACGCAGACAACAAGUUGUCUCUAUAAUUGACUUACAUUAUACUAAAUUGGGAAUUUUAAUAUGCGUUUGGAAAAAGUGAUCGUUCGUCCAUAUGCGAACAUUGUGAGCGCGUGCAGGGCUAUCAGCCUCCCCCACAGGUGACAUUUGUUAAAUUCACUAGUAGGGACAUCGUUGCAUUCAGUCCGUUUUGCCGUGCGCUCAUAGCAUGCAUUCGUACGUCAUAUUCCGACGACUCGAGAUAGUGUGAUUCCCGCAGGCAUCGUUUUCGCGAUCGCGUCAAUUAUCGAAGGUGCCUUCUGCCUUCUCGCACGAAGUUCUCGUGCACGAGGAAAUUAUUCAGCGCCGAGAUUAUCGCCCUGUAAAAAAAAAGAUAAGACAGAACUUGAACAACAUUUUUAAUAACUUUGUUGGAGGGUCCAAGAAACGUCCAUCAUUGGAAAGAUAAGACUUGAUGUUGAUGAGGUUGUAUUAUAGUAUAUAUUAAGCGACAAUGCUGUUAAAGUUGCGUAUUAUAUUCAGUAUACUAAAUAUUAUCUAUGCAAUACUAUAUCGGAUCGUAUUGUUAAUUCGCAAGAAACCGCAAAGAAUUCCACCAAUAACAGAUUCCUUACUUACGUUUAGCGCCACUGCACUUGCUAAAAAAAUUAGACAAAGAGAGAUUACAUGUUACGAUGUCGUGAACACGCAUAUACAACACAUUAAAAAAGUGAAUUGUAUCUUAAAUGCCGUUAUCGAUAAUCGAUUUGGUGAAGCAAUAUUCGAGGCGAAAAUCUGCGAUGAACAAUUAGCAAACGGCAAGUUUGACAUUAAAACAUUAGAGAAGGAAAAACCGCUGUAUGGUAUACCAGUCACAGUCAAGGAAUGUUGUGCUGUCAAAGGUUGCAGUCAUACAGGCUGUUCUUUAGGUCGCAAAGGGAUGAAGGCAUCCCAUGAUGCACUAGUCAUUAAACUACUCCGAAACGCUGGAGCGAUCCCAGUUUGCGUGACGAACACCUCGGAGAUGUGCGGUGGAUUCGAAAGCUCGAAUCUAUUGCACGGCCGUACACGUAAUCCUUAUGAUACUAGGUACACGUCUGGCGGAUCAUCUGGAGGAGAGGGAGCAGGAGCCUCUGUGAUUGGAAUCGGUUCGGACAUUGCUGGCUCUAUAAGAUUACCGGCUCUUUUCAACGGCAUUUUUGGGCACAAGCCUACGGCUGAAAUUAUCUCGAACAUAGGAUAUAUCCCGGAAUCCGAGGACAAACUUUAUCAAAAACUUCUGACCUUUGGUCCGAUGACCAGAUACGCGGAAGAUCUUGGGGUGUUUAUGAAAGUGCUGACAUCCACAAGCGAUCACAAUCUACGUCUAGAUGUGCCGGUGGAUCUACGGCAAUUGAAGGUCUACUACCGGUUCGGCAUGGACGACGCAUUAGGCAUGUUACCAGUAGUGCCGGAAAUCAAAGAUUGCGUUCAGAAAGCCGUGACACAUUUUACGCAAUACGAUAUUCGUCCGGAGAAGUUGCCGAUAGAAUGGCCAACCGAACUGGUUGAAAUUGUGUUUAGUACGUUUUUCUCUAUAAAGGAAAUCCCUAAUGUGUUGGUAGAUGCCAAUGAUCCCAAGUUGAAAAAAAAUCCAGUCAUCGAAAUUCUGAAAAUUCCUUUCGGUUUGUCGCAACACACGAUGCAGACUACCUUCCACGCCUUAAUGUUCGAGAUGCAUUUUCCAUUCUCAGAAUCAGAUAUAUCGCAUUACACGAAGCAGGGAAAAGGGAUUCGGCAGAAGCUGCUGGAUCUUUUGGGAGAGAACGGAAUAUUUAUUUAUCCGACUGUCCGAUGUCCGGCGAUUUUAUCAGAAUUUACCUUCUGUGAAACAUUGAACGACGUCUAUUGCGCAAUUUUCAAUGUUUUUGGCUUUCCUGCAGUGCACAUACCGAUGGGACUCAACCACGAGGGAUUGCCCAUUGGUGUUCAGGUGAUAGCCGCACCUUAUCAGGAUCGCCUCUGCUUGGCAGUUGCAAAAGAACUGGAGACUGCUUUCGGUGGUUGGGAGCCGCCGUCGAUAUCGUUAAGGAAGUAACAAUUAUCUGCAUGGUUUAUUUUAGAAAUUAUUAUUUAAUUUUAAUUGUAUAUUAGAUCUUUUUGUCGCAUAGAAAAUUGCGCGCACAUAAUGAAGCAUCGAGCUAUUGCAAUAAAUUUUUGACUUUCAGAUAGCUGUUUAAGGGGAAAAAAAUCUUGGGAAUGUGAUAUGUUCAAAUAAAAUAUAUUUCGU